AUGUACGUCUCUAUGGUUUCUGCCAUGGAACCGCAACAACAACAAAAGGAAUUGUCGGUCCGGCGGCGUGACGUCAUUACAGGAAUACGGAAGAAGAUCUUGAAAGGAGCUGUAGGCGACAUGGGGAAGAAGCAUAAGAAGCACAAAGGCGACAAGCACGGCUAUGAGGGGAAAGACGAGAAGGCGGCGGAGAGCCGCAAAGGGGGACAAGCAGGACAUUCAGAGAAGAAAAAAGACAAAAAGUAUGUGGAAAAACCAUUAAAACUUGUCUUAAAAGUUGGGACUGGAGAAGUGAAGGAGCUGUCCACAGCCCGGGCUUCAGCUAUUUCACAUAGCUUCCAUGAAGACAAGGCAGACCAUGAUAAACACAGAGACAAAAAGAAGAAGAAAAAAGAAGAAAAAUGAGAAAACACUUGGGCCGGGUGAGGAAAAAAAGAAGAAAAAGGAUGAAAAGAAGAAGAAAGACAAAAGUCAUCGUGAAAGUGACCCUGAUCAUGAACAUUCACUCCAUUCAUCACUUAGACCUGAUUUACCAGCAGUAUCUGUUCAGGAUUCUUCCAUUGUAAAGCCAGAAGAAGAUCAGACUCCACUGCAAGAAGCUUUGAAUCAGCUUGUCAGGCAACUUCAAAGAAAGGACCCCAGCUCUUUUUUUGCAUUCCCCGUUACAGAUUUUAUCGCUCCUGGUUACUCAAUGAUUAUUAAACACCCCAUGGACUUCAGCACAAUAAAGGAAAAGAUUAAGAACAACGCGUACGAUUCAAUAGAAGAACUUAAGGAAAACUUCAAGCAAAUUUGCCACAAUGCCAUGAUUUACAACAAGCCUGGAACCAUUUAUUUCAAGGCUGCCAAAAAGCUGCUGAACUCUGGAAUGAAGAUCCUUAGUCAGGAGAGAAUCCAGAGUUUAAAGCAGAGUAUAGAGUUUAUGGCAGAUCUUCAGAUUGGUGGGAAGGACAAAGAGAAUCCUGAUUCUAAGGGAAAUAUGGAAAAUAUGGAAGAACUCAAAGAAGAAUCAAUGGACACCAGUGAUAUUGCUGCCUUCAAAACAUCAGUCAAAGAUUUUAAAAGAAAGGAUAAGGAUCAGUCAGAAGACAAGCAGAGGAUAAAUGAAGGAGCUUUAGAAAAAGAACAGGAACAGAUCGACCAAAUAAUCAGAGAUUCUUUUGGAAAACUAACAAAAAGAGCAGCUAACAGUAAGCUAGAGUUUGAGAGAAGAAAGCAAGAUGGAACUACAACUUUGGCCCUUCUGAACCCUGGAGGCACAGCAUUGGAACCAGGACAUGGAACUGCUAUUCUUGGGUCCACAGCUGGCCGGCUGCAAACGGGGGUAAAUUGCUUGCAAGGAUUCAAGGAAGAUAAACGCAACAAAGUCACUCCAGUGUUAUACUUGAACUAUGGACCAUUCACCUCUUACGCACCAUCCUAUGACUCGACCUUUGCGAACAUUGGCAAAGAUGAUUCAGAUAUAAUUUACACAAUGUAUGGAGAAGAUCCAAGUCUUCAGGGGACCUUCAGCAUACAGGAAUUCUUGGAGAAUGUUACUAAACAACCUUAUGGGAUGGUGGACUGUAUUCUUGAUGCUUUUAGUGAUGGAGAAUAUUCCAGAACAGAAAGAGAGCAGAAUAAGGCAGCAUUGAGUGAAACCUCAUCGAAGUCAGACUGUGUUGGCACCAGUGACCAGUUUGCAAGUUUAAAAUCUGUGGUUGGUCUGGGAUUAUUUGAAGAGGCCUUUGAUUCUGAAGAAGCAGAGAAGUUCCAGAGGAAGUUGGAUGAAACCACUAGAUUACUCUGGGAGUUACAAGAGGUGCAGAAUGAGCGCCUAAGCACAAAGCCUCCUCCUAAUAUGGUUUGCCUGUUAGCUCCAUCUGUAAAGGAAGUUCAGAUUGCGGACAAAGUGAAUGAGAACCUAAAGGAACUGACCCAGCAAGUGCACCCAGGAGACAUUGUCAGUGUUUCUGGAAUCCGGAAGGCAAUGGGAAUCGCUACCCCAUAUGUGGACACACAAGAGAUGGUGGUGGAUCUGACAACAGCAGGUACCCAAGAAAGCCAGACAAUACCUAAAAACGGAAGCGAAUGUCUGCAGAUUGUAACAUAG